UACAUUGCAAAUAAACAAGUGCUUGACAACGAAAAAGUUACAGUAUAAAGAAAAUUUUCUAACUUCAAAUAUGGAUUUGAAACUUACUCGUAUUGAUUAUACUCAGGUUGGGACCACUUCUCCAAAUACCAUGAGAUUACUUCCAUCAACUGGAAAGACACAAAAGAUUGCAAUUGCUGAUAAUAAUGGAGUUGUUCAAUGUUUUGGAGUGAAGAAACAAGAAAUAAUCCCUGUAUUCAAGACAUUGCCUUCCCAGAAAAUAUCAAGACUUAAACUUGGAGGGGCUCAUGAAACCUCAAAAAGUAAUAUUUUUGUUGCAUGUGGCUCUGAAGUGUGGGGUUUUUCCAAAAAAGGAAAGCAGUUUCUGUUAUUCAACACCAAUUUGUCAGAGAAUAUUGAGUCAAUGUAUGUUGAUGGAGCUGAUCUUUUUGUAUGUGGAAGCUAUAUAUUCACCCAUUACCAGGAAUGUAAUGAUAUAAAUAACAUAUUGUGUGGUGACCAUAUAAAUGAUGUUAUUUGUUUACCAAAAACGAAGCAAGAAAUUAUCACUCCAGUUUUGGCAUCUAGAGACCGACUUCUACUCGUUGUUCAGGAUUCCACUAUAAAGUACCACAUUGAAGUAAUUGGAUCUCCAACUGUCUUAGAACUCUUUGAAAACGAUGGUGGUUCUGAGGGAAAUGAAAUCAUAUAUGGCACCAGUGAUGGCUAUAUAGGUCAUGCCCAACUCGAGAGAAAUGACUACAGUCAUCAAUGGGAAAUACCAAAUCUAAAAAAAAGUGGGGGUAUCUCCUGCUUAAAUAUGUUUGAUAUAACAAGUGAUGGUGUUCCAGAUGUUCUUGUUGGGCGUGAUGAUGGACUUAUUGAUGUUUAUGCUUUUGAUGAAUUCAGAGAACCUGUUCAAAAAUACUCUCAUACAUGUACUGAAAGUAUUACAUCAAUACAAGGAGGUGUUGUUAGUGCAGCUAACUAUCCUGAAAUUGUGUGUGCUACAUAUCCAGGAACUGUUUCAGGUCUUACAACUAAAAAACAAAUCUACCAUGUAGGUCCUGAUGGCUUUGCCCUGACUAAUCGGGGAAAGGCUCAGAUAAAGGCCUUAAGGCAAGAGCUAGAAGAAAUACAGAAAACCGUCGGCAAACAACGAGAAAAAUAUCAGCACAAUGUUAAUACGAAAGUUUAUAUGGCGUCUCUUCGUUCUUUUCAUGUGAAUACUAGUUUUGUACUAAAUAAAGACGAUGCCAGUUACCAGUUGAGUAUAGAACUGCAAAUACCCAUUGAAAAUAUCCUUAUACAGAGUGAUGUUCCUGUGUAUAUGAUUGAUGUUGAUAAAAAUUUAUCUGUUGCUAGCUUUAGUGCCUGUAACCCUCAGGAUGGUAACUGUCUGUUGGCUACGUACCGAUGCCAGUCAAAUACAACUCGUAUUGACUUAAAAGUCCGUACCAUCGAAGGUCAACAUGGAACGUUACAAGCGUACAUCACACCUCGUACCCAGCCCAAGACCUGUCAGAUAAAACAGUUUCAAAUUAAACCUUUAUCAUUACAUACCAGAAUACAUUCUUUUGAUUCAGCAAGGCCAUUUAAUUCUUUGAAAUUGAAAGGUCAGUUUAGCUUUAUGGAAGCCCAUUCUUGGGGGAGUUCUUGCCUACCAGAAUUUCCUGAAAAGCCUCCAAUGGAAGAGACUGCUGUUCACUAUUUCAUCUCUGCUUUUCAACAAACAAUGCUGGAAUGUUCUUACAGUAAAGGAGAAAUAUUAUUUCGUUCUGAAAAUAUCUCAACUAUUUCUAUCUUGAAAGAUUUCAUCACAACAGAAGCAACUAAAAAGAAAAUACAUCUCACCAUUACAUGUGAUGUUGAUAAUAACUUAGUACCUUACAUACUGAAUAUCAUGCACCCAAAAAUGGAAGACCAAUUAAGAUUAGCCAGAAAUGUAAAGAUAUUGGAAGCCUUAGAGGAAUUGCAAGUACAUGAAAAAGAUCUCAGUUUCCUAUCAGAAGAAUAUCAAAAGAUUCUAGAACAUGCAGAGAGUAUCAGAAAUGAGAUUUCCCAAAGUUCGUUCCAUUUAGAAAGACUUCACAAUGUUAUUACAGAUUUAUUUAUUGACAGUAACAGAUUUAAAGGACAUGAUGUCAAAAACAAAUUACCUGAUCUUAAAGACAUUCUUACGAACUAUGACCUAUGCAAACUGGUUAAGUUUUUUGAUACUGCCACUGAGUCAUGAAAAGGCAACAAAAUUGUUCUACCAAAUAUAUUUGGAAUGUUAUCUUAGUAUAAGAUUUAACUGUAAAUUAGAAUAUAAAAAUAAUAUUAAAUGCAAGUUGCACAAUGAU